CAAGUCUUGUCACUUUGGGAAGAAUUAGCGGGCAGUGAGACUGGGCUUCGGGUCAGAAAAAGGAACCCGAUGAGCCAAUGACUGUCUCCAUAAUUCUCCUUGGUAGUAUAUCAGUGUCGUGGGACACAGGCAGCUGAAGUUACUCCUGCAGAAUUACAGUCCCAACUGUGUCCUGUGAGCAUGCGUAUGAUAACAAAGUAGACAUGUGGACCACAGACUGAGACUCCGGGCUCCUAACUCUUUGCAUGAGUCAAUUAGACUGCAAUCCGCACUGAAAAGAUGACGUCUGCCACACCUCCGUCCUCUCGCAGCUCCUCCCCUCAGAAAGUUUGCCACUCCCAGACGCAGACAGACGUUUUAAAACCAUUACUGGGCGGUGGCAUCUCUGGUGGGGGCGGGACUCUGAGGAAGAGGAGGCGUGUCCUGUCCAAAGAUGGACGUAGCAACGUGCGCAUCGAGCACGUCAGCGGGCGCAGUGCUCUGUACAUGCGCGACCUCUGGACCACUUUUCUGGACAUGCAGUGGCGCUACAAGUUCUUCCUGUUUACAGCCACGUUUGCGGGGACCUGGUUUCUGUUCGGGGUGCUCUGGUACCUGGUGGCACUGGUGCACGGAGACCUGCUGGAGUUUGACCCUCCAUCAAACCACACUCCCUGUGUGAUGCAGAUGCAGACCCUAACUGGAGCUUUCCUCUUCUCUCUGGAGUCCCAGACAACCAUCGGUUAUGGUUUUCGCUGCAUCACUGAGGAAUGUCCAGCCGCGAUAAUCCUCCUCAUAGUGCAGCUGGUCAUCACCAUGCUCAUGGAGAUCUUCAUCACUGGGACCUUCCUGGCCAAGGUUGCCCGGCCAAAGAAGCGAGGUGAGACGGUGAAGUUUAGCCAACAUGCUGUGGUGUCGACCCACGAGGGCCGACCCUGCCUCAUGAUCAGGGUGGCCAACAUGCGCAAGAGUCUGCUGCUUGGCUGUCAGGUGACUGGAAAACUGCUCCAGACAUCUCUGACCAAAGAAGGUGAGACGGUUCGUCUGGAUCAGAGGAAUGUGCCCUUUCAAGUGGACACCUCCAGUGAUAGCCCCUUCCUCAUCCUGCCCCUCACUUUCUACCACAUCAUCGAUGAUAGCAGCCCAUUACGAGCCUGGGCAGCUAAAGGUGGCGGUUGGACGGAUCCAGAACUGGCUGACUUUGAGCUGCUGGUGAUCAUGAGUGCAACAGUAGAGCCGACUUCCGCCACCUGCCAGGUUCGCACCUCAUACCUGCCAGACGAGAUCCUUUGGGGCUACGAAUUUCCCCCGGUAGUCUCCCUCUCCCCAUCAGGGAAAUAUGUAGCGGACUUCGCCUUCUUUGACAAAGUGGCCAAGACCAAGACCACCCCCAUCUUUAAGCCAUCCAGCCCCCAGCAUGGAUAUCAGAGCAACGGAGGCGGAACUGUACCUGAAGUGUCUGAUCCGGAGAAGAUUCGUCUGGAGCAGAGCUACAGGGAGCAGCGAGGGGAGGACAGAGGCCGGGUCAGGGACACUCCUCUCAGUGUACGCAUCAGUAAUGUCUGAUCUGACUGGCUGGUUGAGAAGGGAGCGUUUCAUAGAAGGCAACACAACAGAUUUUCAAGACCAUGGUCAAUAGCAAAUUGGCGUAACAUCAUAUCAAAACAGACUGGGAGACUGCCUUUCUAGACAGUUUCAGCUUAUAUCAGAAGCAUAUAGGAGAGACUACUAUGAAAGACUAUGGACUACUGUAUGGUCAAAUUUGUUAAUGUCAUAUUUUUGCUGGGAUAAUACACUGGUUUGACUGUAUUCAUGGCAUAACACACAACAUAACAGCAGCUACUUUUCACAUCUGAAUGUGGACAAAGCCCAUUCAUCUCACAUAUACUGUAAAAAUAACAGGGUGGAUUAUUUAUUUGCACGCACAAAAAACAAAGACACAAAUUAAAACAAGUUGUGGAGGAGAAGGAAACCUUGGUGGGCUUGUUUAGGUGCUUUCCAGAAAACAGAAUAUCACAUCACAAAGGGGGAAACAUACCUGCAAAAAAAGUAUGAGACAGUGUGGUUGUAUAUUUUCAUGCUCUGAGUGGCAGAGGAGUGUAUGGGGGUGUUGGGGAGGUUAGUAUGGCUGAGCAGGAAACACCCACAUAUUUCAGAGAAGAUGGCUAGAGCCUUCUACAUCUCCUCUAACAUACAUGCAAAUGUGUUGUAAAUACACAUAUAAAUGUAAGUGCUAGUGUCAUGUUUACACUGAUCAGGUACAACAUUAAAACCACCUAGCUUGUGUAGGGCCACAUGUCAUGUAGUGUCUGGUACCAAGAUGUUGGAAAUGGAUCCUUUGGAUCUUCUGAGCUGCAAGGUGGCACCACCAGGGAUUAGCUUAUAUCAUUGGGAUCUGCAGGGUUUAGAGGCUGGAUCAACUGUUAAGGCUCUUUUUCAUGCUCCUUGAGUUGCUCCUGAGUAGUUAAUUCACUGUUUUGAGGUACAAUCUCCUCAGGGAGGGCUGUUGGAGGACCGUGCUUGGUCUGCAACUGCGUUUAUGUGGGUGGUACAUGUGAAAAUAAUACACAUAAACACCAGGUUUCCCUGUAUAACAUUGUAUUGUAUCGAGAUGAUCUACAUAACGCUCUUCAGCUUUCCAUGGUUUUAGGGUUGUGGCUGAUCAGUAUAUUUAUAAAGUCAUGUGACGCUGAGUUUCAGCUUCUAUUACAGUGAAAACACAAGUUUAUCUACAGCUCACUAAACCCCCACCCCCAAUUUCCUCUCAACACUGUCUUGAUAUUUUUACAUUUCCUGCUGAAAAGUGAACAUGACAGCACACUGUAGACUUUACACUGCACAUUCUAGUAUGACAAUGCAGCUCUACAACUGGAAAGAACACAAACUUCCAACUGAAUAUUGUGUUUAAGGUGCUGUGUCUACUGCCUGUUAUGUAUGACUGUUGUGGUUUUCAGAAUGUAAUGUUAGCACUUUAUGUAAGUACAUGAUGUACAUUUGCACCUUAGGAAGGUUAGCUGACUGUGUGUGAGAUUUUACCUGAGUAAGAUAUUCUUUUACAACUACUAAAAGCACUUACACACUGAAAAUCAUUGAAUUUGAAGCAGUUAGAAUAAAUUUAAAAUCAGAUGAUUCCUUCCUGCAAAGCCAAUUGUAACUGUAGUUUCAAUGUGUCAGUGGCUUCAAGUAAACUGACAAAUGAGAUAAUCUCCAGAUAAUCUCAGCUACUGUACAUACAAAGUAAUUCUGGUAAUUGCAGUUCACUCGUUGAUUGCACAUGAGCUGAGUUACUAACACUGUCAAAUUAACUGAAGGCCUUGUGUAGACGUCCCUGUUGCUUUUCUGUCUAGAAAACACAGACUUGUAAGAUGACUACAGCAGAGGUGAGUGCUGAGAGAUGAGAUUAUGAAAGUGAGACAGCGAUGGACACAAAUGACAGUUGAAUGCAAGGAGUAUGAAAGAUAUGAAUGGGGUGGAAACAAAGUAUUUGUAACAUGUUUUCAAUUAACAUCAAGCUCUGGAGUUUUAAUAGUGUUUAAAUUGCAAAUGGAGAGCUCGAAUCAGACUAUUUUCUCUGAAAAAAAUUUAAAAAUAAAGCUGAUUGUUGAAGGUCA